GUUUGGACUAAUGGUUACACCCCUGGACUUCCAGUUCCGCUUGCAUUUUUGUGCGUCGGAGAGACAAAAUGGGAGUAGAAAUCGAGACCAUAACCCCGGGUGAUGGCCAGACAUUUCCCAAAAAAGGGCAGACAUGCGUUGUGCAUUAUGUUGGCUCACUGACUGAUGGAACCAAGUUUGACUCAUCCCGGGACAGAGGCAAGCCUUUCAAGUUCAAGAUUGGCAAGCAGGAGGUGAUCCGUGGCUGGGAGGAGGGGGUUGGACAGAUGAGCGUGGGCCAGAGAGCGACCCUGACCUGCACGCCAGACUUCGCGUAUGGCAGCAAAGGGCACCCUGGCAUCAUCCCACCCAACUCUACACUCAUCUUUGAUGUGGAGCUGAUGAGCCUGGAGUGAAGCCUGUGUGCACUCGUUACGUGUUUAAUUCCACUCAGAUUUUCAGGGUUGACUCCUAUCUUGGGAACAUGGAGGAAAAUAUUAAAGGAAGAUUCAUGCACUUGACUCCUGUAAAAGACUGUCUAAUAGCUUCACCACUUCACUCUCCUUCCCAUUUAGAUUCAAAUGUGUUUUUGUCACUUGCUUAAUACCUUAUCCUUGAUCUAGCUUGUCGUAGAACACCCUAACAAGUCAUAGGCCAUACCUUUCAGAUAUCAUGUCAUUUUAUUCUGUUACGUAUGUUUAUGGUAUUGUUUUUUCUUUUUACUUCAAAUUUGUAAGUCAUGCCUGCCAUCAGGGGUAGGUACUGACACAAUUUGGGAUAAAGUAUCAUUACACAAAUAUUCAAUUUGAACUCAUUCUUGUGGCUCUGUGAGUGGCCUUGCUUUAGCAACUUUUUUGAAAAUGUGUUCAAUGUGGACAUGAUAAUUGAGAAAAAAAAUCAAUAAAUGACUGUUUACCUAAA